UUUUUCCAUCAGAACUUUGAAGAAAUGAGUUCUAUUUGCAUAUCUAGUUGUUUGAAUGAUGCUAGAGACCCCCGGGUGCCCGUGAGGGCAACGUAUGUGAAUCUUUACAAGUGGCUCGAGUCGGAUGCCGAGUUCGUAAGGUCGAGGAGCUCAUCGGGGUCCAUCCAUGGUGGUCGAGCAUCGGUUAGAGUCGUCGACGGUAUCUCGUGCAGGCAGAUGUAUCUGAGGAGCUAUAGGUUCUCGAGGAAAGAAAGCGUGCCAGAAAAGGUGGUGAAAUGUUUUGGGAGAGUGAAGGAGAAGGUUGUUCGGAGGAAGAAGCAGAAGAGACGUAUUGGAAGGAAGUGUUUGGUGUGGAGGAAAGUGAAGGUUGUGUUGUUUAGGUUCUUCAGUAGGUUGCUCUCUUGCUCUGCUAGUGUGCAUGUUGUGGAUCCAAGGAAUGUUUUCCUUUGAUUAACUUUGUUUUUUAUUUAAUCUGAUUUUGUUUUGUUAAUUAUG